AUGGAGCCCUGGUCCAGGUGGAAAACGAAACGGUGGGUCUGGGAUCUCACCAUCUCAACCCUCGCCUUGACUUUCCUCUUCCAAGCCAGAGAGGUCAGAGGAGCUGCUCCAGUUGAUAUACUAAAAGCACUAGAUUUUCACAAUUCUCCAGUGGGAAUAUCUAAAACAACAGGAUUUUGUACAAACAGGAAGAAUUCUAGAGAUUCAGAUAUUGCUUAUAGAGUUACAGACGAAGCACAAAUCAGCGCCCCAACGAAACAGCUAUUUCCAGGUGGAAUUUUUCCCGAAGAUUUUUCAAUACUAUUUACAAUAAAACCCAAAAAAGGAACUCAGUCUUUCCUUUUAUCGAUAUAUAAUGAACAUGGUAUUCAGCAACUUGGUGUUGAGGUUGGGAGAUCACCUGUUUUUCUAUUUGAAGACCACACUGGAAAACCCAGCCCCGAAAACUAUCCCCUCUUCUCAACAGUUAACAUCGCCGAUGGGAAGUGGCAUCGGGUCGCAAUCAGUGUGGAGAAGAAAACUGUGACAAUGAUUGUUGAUUGUAAGAAGAAAAUCACAAAACCCCUCGAUAGAAGUGAGAGAUCAGUAGUCGAUACCAAUGGAAUCAUGGUGUUCGGAACAAGAAUUUUAGAAACAGAUGUUUUUCAGGGCGAUAUUCAGCAGUUCUUGAUCACUGGUGACCCCAAGGCAGCAUAUGACUAUUGUGACCAUUAUAGUCCAGACUGUGACUCAACAUCCAAGGCUGCCCAAGCUCAGGAGCCGCAGAUAGAUGAGAAAAAGAAAUCCAAUCACACAAAGAAGAAGAAGACAUUGGCCACUAACUCAAAGAAAAACUCUAGAAAGUUCACAUCCCCCAAAUCUGAAAAACACGCAUCCAAGAAGAAGAAACGUUACCAAGCAACAGCCAAAGCCAAACUAGGGGUCCAGGCAAAUAUUGUGGAUGAUUUUCAAGACUACAACUAUGGAACAAUGGAAACUUACCAGACACAGUCUCCUAGGCGCUUAUCAGGAUCGAAUGAGCCAAAUCCAGUUGAAGAAGGUUUUACUGAAGAAUAUCUAACUGGAGAGGAUUAUGAUGUCCAGAGAAACAUUUCUGAGGAUAUUCUAUAUGGAAACAAAGGAAUAGACGGCAGGGACUCUGACCUGCUGGUAGAUGGAGAUUUAGGCGAAUAUGAUUUUUAUGAAUACAAGGAAUAUGAAGAAAGGACUACAACGUCCCCUAAUGAAGAAUUUGGCCCAGGUGUCCCAGCAGAAACUGAUUUCACAGAAACAAGCAUAAAUGGCCAUGGUGCAUAUGGAGAGAAAGGGCAGAAGGGGGAACCGGCUGUGGUUGAACCUGGAAUGCUUGUUGAAGGACCACCUGGGCCAGCAGGACCAGCGGGUCUGAUGGGUCCUCCAGGUCAACAAGGCCCUUCUGGGCCCCCCGGUGACCCUGGUGAUCGGGGCCCCCCAGGACGUCCUGGCUUACCAGGCGCUGAUGGUCUACCUGGUCCUCCUGGAACCAUGUUGAUGUUACCAUUCCGUUAUGGGGGCGAUGGCUCCAAAGGACCAACCGUCUCUGCACAGGAAGCUCAGGCUCAGGCGAUUCUUCAGCAGGCUCGGAUUGCUCUGAGAGGCCCACCCGGCCCCAUGGGUCUGACUGGAAGGCCAGGUCCUGUGGGGGGUCCUGGUUCUGCUGGAGCUAAAGGUGAGAGUGGAGACCCAGGUCCUCAGGGCCCUCGAGGUGUCCAAGGUCCACCUGGUCCAACGGGAAAACCUGGAAAGAGGGGCCGUCCAGGUGCAGAUGGAGGACGAGGGAUGCCAGGAGAACCUGGGUCUAAGGGAGACAGAGGAUUUGAUGGACUUCCAGGUCUGCCGGGUGACAAAGGUCAUAGGGGGGAAAGAGGCCCACAAGGUCCUCCCGGCCUUCCUGGAGAUGAUGGAAUGAGGGGAGAAGAUGGAGAGAUUGGGCCCAGGGGUCUUCCAGGUGAAGCUGGUCCACGAGGCUUGCUGGGACCACGGGGAACUCCAGGACCUCCUGGGCAGCCUGGUAUGGCAGGUAUAGAUGGCCCCCAAGGACCGAAAGGAAACAUGGGUCCUCAAGGGGAGCCUGGACCUCCAGGUCAGCAAGGGAAUCCAGGACCUCAGGGUCUUCCUGGUCCACAAGGCCCUAUUGGCCCUCCUGGUGAAAAAGGACCACAAGGAAAGCCAGGGCUUGCUGGACUUCCUGGUGCUGAUGGGCCUCCCGGUCACCCUGGAAAAGAAGGCCAGUCUGGAGAAAAGGGGGCCUUGGGUCCUCCUGGUCCCCAGGGGCCUAUUGGCUAUCCUGGCCCCCGAGGAGUAAAGGGUGCAGAUGGUGUCAGAGGUCUCAAGGGAUCUAAAGGGGAAAAGGGUGAAGAUGGCUUUCCAGGAUUCAAAGGUGACAUGGGGCUUAAAGGGGACAGAGGUGAGGUGGGCCAAGUUGGCCCAAGAGGAGAAGAUGGCCCUGAGGGCCCCAAAGGCCGAGCAGGCCCAACUGGAGACCCAGGACCCUCUGGCCAAGCAGGAGAGAAGGGGAAACUUGGGGUUCCAGGAUUGCCAGGAUAUCCAGGAAGACAAGGUCCUAAGGGUUCCACUGGAUUUCCUGGAUUUCCAGGUGCCAACGGGGAGAAAGGUGCCCGGGGAGUUGCUGGCAAACCAGGCCCCCGGGGUCAACGUGGUCCAACGGGUCCUCGUGGUUCCAGAGGUGCCAGAGGUCCCACAGGGAAACCAGGGCCGAAGGGUACUUCAGGUGGUGAUGGCCCUCCAGGCCCUCCCGGUGAAAGAGGCCCUCAAGGACCUCAGGGUCCAGUUGGAUUCCCUGGACCGAAAGGCCCUCCUGGCCCUGCUGGGAAGGACGGACUACCAGGACACCCUGGACAGCGUGGAGAGACUGGAUUUCAAGGCAAGACUGGUCCCCCUGGGCCAGGAGGUGUGUUUGGACCGCAAGGACCGACUGGUGAGACAGGUCCAAUCGGUGAACGUGGGCAUCCUGGACCUCCUGGUCCUCCUGGUGAGCAAGGACUUCCUGGUGCUGCCGGGAAAGAAGGUGCAAAGGGUGACCCAGGUCCUCAAGGUAUCUCAGGGAAAGAUGGACCGGCAGGAAUACGUGGUUUCCCAGGUGAAAGAGGCCUUCCUGGAGCCCAGGGCGCACCUGGACUGAAAGGAGGAGAAGGUCCCCAGGGCCCACAGGGUCCAGUUGGCUCUCCGGGAGAGCGAGGCUCUGCAGGCACAGCGGGCCCAAUUGGUUUGCCAGGACGUCCAGGCCCCCAGGGCCCUCCUGGUCCAGCUGGAGAAAAAGGUGCUCCUGGAGAGAAGGGUCCUCAAGGCCCUGCAGGUAGAGAUGGAGUCCAAGGCCCUAUGGGUCUCCCAGGGCCUGCCGGGCCUGCUGGCUCUCCUGGUGAGGAUGGAGACAAGGGUGAAAUUGGAGAACCAGGCCAAAAGGGCAGCAAAGGUGACAAGGGCGAAAACGGCCCUCCUGGUCCCCCAGGUCUUCAAGGACCCGUUGGUGCCCCUGGAAUUGCUGGAGGAGAUGGUGAGGCAGGUCCCAGAGGACAGCAGGGAAUGUUUGGACAGAAAGGUGAUGAGGGUGCACGAGGCUUCCCAGGACCUCCUGGGCCCAUAGGUCUUCAGGGGUUACCAGGCCCUCCAGGUGAAAAGGGCGAAAAUGGAGAUGUUGGACCCAUGGGUCCACCAGGUCCUCCUGGCCCACGAGGCCCUCAAGGUCCCAAUGGAGCUGAUGGACCGCAAGGACCCCCGGGCUCUAUUGGUUCUGUUGGUGGCGUGGGAGACAAGGGUGAACCUGGAGAAGCCGGGAACCCAGGGCCCCCUGGCGAAGCUGGCUCAAUUGGUCCCAAAGGAGAGAGAGGAGAGAAAGGAGAAGCUGGGGCCCCUGGUGCUGCGGGUCCUGCCGGUGCUAAGGGGCCGCCAGGUGAUGAUGGUCCCAAGGGGAACCCGGGGCCUGUUGGUUUUCCUGGAGAUCCUGGCCCACCUGGAGAACCUGGCCCUGCUGGGCAAGAUGGUGUCGGGGGAGACAAGGGUGAAGAUGGAGAUCCAGGGCAACCGGGUCCCCCUGGUCCAUCUGGGGAGGCUGGCCCACCAGGUCCUCCUGGAAAGAGAGGUCCUCCUGGUGCUCCGGGUUCAGAAGGAAGGCAAGGCGAAAAAGGUGCUAAGGGAGAAGCUGGUGCUGAAGGGCCUCCUGGGAAAACUGGCCCUGUUGGACCUCAGGGUCCAUCUGGAAAGCCUGGUCCUGAAGGUCUUCGAGGCAUCCCUGGUCCUGUGGGAGAACAAGGACUCCCUGGUGCUGCUGGCCAAGAUGGGCCACCUGGUCCGCUGGGACCUCCUGGUUUACCCGGUCUCAAAGGUGACCCUGGCUCUAAGGGUGAAAAGGGACAUCCUGGUUUAAUUGGAUUGAUUGGUCCUCCAGGAGAACAAGGGGAAAAAGGUGACAGAGGACUCCCUGGGACUCAAGGUUCUCCAGGAGCCAAAGGGGAUGGGGGCAUCCCAGGUCCUGCUGGUCCCAUAGGCCCUCCUGGUCCUCCAGGAUUACCAGGUCCUGCUGGCCCGAAGGGUAACAAAGGAUCUUCUGGACCUACUGGCCAGAAGGGUGACAGUGGUCUUCCAGGGCCUCCUGGGCCUCCAGGUCCUCCUGGAGAAGUGAUCCAGCCCUUACCUAUCUUGUCACCCAAGAAGACAAGAAGACACACUGAAAGCAUUCAGGCCGAUACAGGGGAUAAUAUUCUUGAUUAUGCAGAUGGAAUGGAGGAAAUAUUCGGUUCCCUCAAUUCUCUGAAACAAGACAUUGAACACAUGAAGUUUCCCAUGGGCACGCAGACUAAUCCAGCACGAACAUGUAAAGACCUGCAACUUAGCCAUCCUGACUUCCCAGAUGGUGAAUAUUGGAUUGAUCCUAACCAAGGUUGUUCAGGAGAUUCCUUCAAAGUUUACUGUAAUUUCACAGCUGGUGGCGAGACGUGCAUCUAUCCAGACAAAAAAUCUGAGGGAGUACGAAUUUCAUCAUGGCCAAAGGAGAAACCAGGAAGUUGGUACAGUGAAUUUAAGAGAGGAAAACUGCUUUCAUACUUAGAUGUGGAAGGCAAUUCCAUCAAUAUGGUGCAAAUGACAUUCCUGAAACUCCUGACCGCCUCUGCCCGACAGAAUUUCACCUACCACUGCCAUCAGUCGGCUGCAUGGUAUGAUAUGUCAUCAGCAAGUUAUGACAAAGCACUUCGGUUUUUGGGAUCUAAUGAUGAGGAAAUGUCCUAUGAGAACAACCCACACAUCAAAGCGUUGUAUGACGGCUGUGCGUCCAGAAAAGGCUAUGAAAAGACGGUGAUUGAGAUAAAUACUCCGAAAAUUGAUCAGGUACCCAUCAUUGAUGUAAUGAUCAAUGAUUUUGGUGAUCAGAAUCAGAAGUUUGGAUUUGAAGUCGGUCCAGUUUGCUUUCUUGGCUAAGAUUUGGACGAAGACUCUAUGAAACCAACCGAAGAAGUACCUUGGUACUUGCCGCCAACCCAGUUCAUGCCACAUGCAAGUUUUGAAUGAGGACAGUAGAGAACAUGUGUUUAGGAAGUACGAAUGCCUGCUGGAGGUGCAGUCAGAGGAAAGAAGUCCUGAUAGUCAUAGCAAUGUAAAAUAGUGUGGCUAAGAUGGCAAUGAGGCUGAUUCUUGAUCUCAACUAUCAUCUCUCCUUUUCCUAUUUGGAUUUCUUUGGUGCUGUAGAAAAAAAAAGAGAGAGAAAAAAAUAUAUAUUCAUAAAAAAAAACAUGGUGCUCAUUCCCACCCAUCAAAGAUAUAGUAAAAGUGUGUCCAAUAAAUUGUAAUUAUUUUAUGUACAGUUCUACACUGUCAUUCAUGUGUCCAUUUCCAAAACUUGCACGUGACUCUGAAUCCCACCUAGCUCUCACUUCAUGACAAUUGUGGAACUGUGGUGACAAUAAAUACAGUGUGACAAAGACUAAAGUUGUAAUUUCCGAUGACUCUAAUUCCCUUCCUUUGAUUAAUAAUAAAAUGCCUUUGUAUAUGUUCAUGUUGAAGAGUUCAGUUAUUUGAUGGCACGAACAAAUUACACUUGGGGCCAAACCCAGACUUUCAGGAGCACACGCCAAUCAAUUCUUUUCAGCUGACAGUAACUUGUUGAAUUUCAGCCAAAAGUCUCAUGCAUUUUAAUGCUUAAUUUGGUGCUAUACCUCAAAUAUUUUCUUCUCAGAACCCAGAUUUCACAGAAUACUUGUAUAUAUGAAAAACAAGAAAGUUUAUAUUUUUGGACAGGAACGUAUGUAUGAAAAACUAUUUUAACGUCCACCCAGUAAAUAACUUUGUGUACAAUUACUUCUCUACUUAAUUGUCUCUCAUUGUCUUCAGUGUGCUUCAGUAAUGCCAACUAAUAUUAAAGAUGGAAACUAAGCAAAUGUUUAUGAAUUUGUGCAAUGUUAAAUUUUUAAACAAUGAAAUUUUUGAGUCUGAUCUAAGUGGCAUAGUAAUAACAGUCCCAGAUAUAAUUUUACUUGCCCAACAAAUACAAUUCCUUUCCUCUUAAGAUGAUUAUAUUCCACAUUUGACCAACAUAGUAGCUAAAUACAUAUGGGUGGGCUGCUUUAAAAGUCAUAUUUAUUCAAAACAGUCAAUCCCCCUCCUUUUUCCACUAAGGUAUUUUCUUUCGCAUAGCUUGAAUUAGCAGUAAAAUUUUAAAAUC